CACUGCAGCCUCCUCCUGCCUCCCAUUUCUCCAUCCCUGCAGCACAGCUUUCCUUGGCAGGAUCUCCUUGCUCUCCACACCUCCCGGACAGGAAGGAAGUUUUUUGUCUUUUCCUGCUCCAGCACACGAGUGAGGUGCCCACAGAGCAGAGCUCCGAGGAUUUAUUUCUGCAGCUAGGAUCAGCAAAGGAAAUCAUUGUUCUCAUCACUGCUGGUGCUGCUGGUAGGAACAUGGAAUGAUUCAGAGCUCAUCUUUACUCUUGUGGCUCCCCAAGAAUGGAGCUGCAGCCGUUUAUCCCCAGAAAAGCUCUUUUCCAGUAUCUGCACUUGCAGCAGGCAGCACAAAGGCUCAGUCCCAGAUCCGACAGCAUGACUGAUGCAAGCUGUCAGCCAAUAUUUGACUUUCCAGUGCAAGGCACUUAUUUCACAGGCACCUGCUCCCAGCCUCGUGCAGGCUCCUUAAAGACAUCCCUGCUCUUUCUGAGGAGUUUCACCCCAUUAUCCAGUGGAGCUGGAAAAUCCUGAAUCUCCUUAGGGAAGGACACAGCAAAGCAGCAUAAUUGGCAAGGAUGACCAAGCUGCAGAACUUCACUUGGGCAGUGGAAGAUAUUUUCAAGGAAACCUUCCUCAAUUACAUGAACAGCUGGAGGAGGAACAUGACAGAAGCAACGGACAAACUGCAGGCUGAGGUGGCUGCUGAAAACUUUGACUACGUUAUCCUGUACCUGAUGGUGAUGAUUGGGAUGUUCUCCUUCAUCAUCGUGGCCAUCCUGGUGAGCACUGUGAAAUCCAAGAGGAGGGAGCACUCCAAUGAUCCCUACCACCAGUACAUCGUGGAGGACUGGGGGGAGAAGUACAAGAACCAGGUGCUGAACCCAGAAGAUCUCAAGUGUGUGGUCCAUGAAAACCUGGGGGCAAGGGAUAAAACAAGCCCAGAGUCCCCCUGACUUUCUGGGAACGCCAGCAGUGAGGGAUUCGUGGAGCCACACAGAGGGAACUCACUGGAAUUCCAAAGAGCUGUGCAAGUGUUGAUUCAAUUUACACACAGGUCAAUGGACAAUGGAGUCCUGAGGAAA